AUGUCAAAACUUGUGAAGAGAAGAAUAAAAGAAAAUCGAAUUAAACCUGCUCAUUGGAUGAAAGUAAGCGAGACGAUAAGAAGAGUUCUUGUCACGUUCAGCAAGAGCAAUGGAAAAGAUUCCGUCAUCCCAAGUGAAUCUCAGACCAUCAACAUUAUAAUCUCCUUCGAAUGGAUGCAUAUGAAAGUAGUUGUGUUGAACAGUAUACGAUUGAUUCUUUUCAAGAUUGUAGACAAUGAUCUGAGACGUGAUGAGGUUGGGAAGAUAAGCAAAUGA